AUGACGGCAUGGGAGGGGCCAGGGUGUAACAACCACGCGGAGCGGUAUGGAGGUUGCGGCUGCUCCGCCACUAGGGGCUAUAAGUUCGUCUACCAGGGCCAGACGACCGCCCUCUACGAUCAGGCCGGCUGCGUUGGGGUCCCGCAAUCCCGAUUCGAUGGCAGCACGGAGGCUGCUUUCCUUUCGGAUGGCAGAGCACCUUUAUCUAG